AAACCAAAUAGGCAAAUACACCCUUUCACUCCAAAAAAAAAAAAAAAAAAAAAGUUCAAACAAUGUCUCCCAAAAAAGUGGAACAACCGGAAGAAGGGAAUAGGCUUCCAGAUGAGAUAUGCGUUGACUUACUCUCAAGGCUACCUGCAAAAUCCAUUUGUCGAUUUCGAUGCGUAUCAAAGCCAUGGAAAUCUCUUUUUUCCCAACCCCACUUCACCAAAAGCCACCUGAAACGAAUGAAAGAUCUCCAAAUUGAAGAAGAAUCUUCAAUUAUCCUUGUUUCCCGUGAUUCUGGGUCGCUAUAUUCUGCUCAGAUUAAAAAUGCGCACCACCACGGCAAUGAAAUCAUUGUUUCUGCUACCAAGCUCACACUUGGUGACCACCGUUUUCAUUCGUCCUCCAUUCAAAUGGCUUCUUGUGAUGGGUUAAUCAUAGUUAUGGAUGUAGAAAAAAAGUUGGUGCUAAUAAAUCCAAGUACAAGGGAGUUUAAGGAAUUGCCGAGCUCCCCUGAUGCUGUUGAACCUCUUUGUUGGGGAAUUGGGUAUGACUCAAUUGAUGAUGAUUACAAGGUAGUUGUAAUUUGUUUUGACGGAAGUGAUAAUAUGAUGUUUGUUAAUCUUUAUUCUGUUAGAAAUGAUACUUGGGACAGAGUUGAGAAUUGUCCAUUUAAUCAUGAACUGGCCACUCAUUUGGUUUUCGUUGAUGGGUUUAUCUAUUGGAGGGCUGGUGUUUUUGAUUCCAUUGCAGCAUUUGAUUUAGAGGAAGAGGAGCUUUAUAUUGUAACCUUUCCUGGUUUUGUUGAUACUACUAGGAAGGAUCCGGAUCCUGAUCCUGAUCCUGAUCCUGAUCCUGACCCUGAUAGGAACUCUACAGACUCUGAGGAAUCUCAUGAUUGCUCCGAUGAGUAUCAGCUUGACAACCUAGUGGCACUUGGAGGCCGUCUUUGUUUUUAUCCCGAAAGUAUUACAGACACUUGUCAUGAAAUGUUUGUUGCGAUGAUGGAAGAAUCAGAUAACAAAGAAUCUUGGACUAGAAUCUCAUUCAGUAAUGACUCCGGGUCAUUGUAUAGGCCUAUAUGUUUAUUGAAGAGGAAACAGAUGGUGUUGGUGAUGGAUGAGGAGAAUGCCAAUGAGAAAUUGGUCAUGUACAAUUUUGUAGAAGAAGAUUUUAAGGAUAUUGUACUUCACGGUAUUACAGAAACAUUUGGUGUUGGUGGGAGCUUCAUGGAGACUCUUGUCUCUCCUCAUUGCACUAAUGAAGCUGUGUAAGAAUGCUAGGCUGUUGAAUUUGCAUUUUGUUUUUUUUACAUGGUUGUUGAAUUUCUUGUUGCCUAGUUUUAUGUCUUGUUGCUGAGUUUCUUAUAGUUCAAAAGUGAUUUUUCGAGUGUCUCA